GCUGGUAGAACUUUGUGACGUAACCCACACAUGCUAGUUGUACUCAUGGUUUUUAUUUCAUCGUGCAAUACUCCACUUUACAGCGUAAAAACUGAGUUAUAAUAAAGCAAACAUUGCAUUUUUGCUGUGUUCUGUUUUGAAGUUUCUGUAGUGAUGAUUAGUGCGAUUGAUAUACCGAUGGCCUGAUGUAUUUCAACGUGGUCAUAAUGAUUUCUAGUUUGUGGUUACGUGCGAGAGAAUAAUAUAUGAAAAAAUUACCCGGGUAUGAAUGAACUGAAUGAAGCGUUCAAAGUAAAGUUUAUGUCGUAGUUUUCACACCAGUAACAAAAUUGAGAAGAAAAAAAACGUUCUCACCGACCGGGAACUAAAGCUUGGACUUUGUAACGAUUGCCAUAUGUGUAGUCGCCUGACAUUGCAAUAAUUUGCAAUCAAGAAUAUAUCUGCAUUAUUUAGAAGAUUUUCCAAAGGAAAAUGAAAAAACGGACGCCUCCGCCCUUUUUAUCGGAAUAUGCUGCUGCCCAGAAUAGCCGGGAAGCGAUGGCUAACGAGUUCAAGUAUAUCAAUGAGCGACCUGUGGAUGAUAUAUCGCUGGACUUUUUCUACAAACCGCAUACGAUCACUUUGCUAGCUGUAUCCAUUUUUGCUGUUAUGUAUUUCGCGUUUGUUCGCGAUCAGUCGGACCCCCAGAAAAACAUCUGGGCCGGAAUGGUUACAGUGAUAUUCUUUUUUCUCAUUGUCUCGAUACUGGCUUUUCCCAAUGGGCCAUUUACCCGACCUCAUCCGGUUGUCUGGCGCAUGCUGUUCGGUUUGUCAGUGAUGUAUCUGUUGUUUCUACUGUUUUUGAUGUUCCAAGACUACAAAUCUAUCAUGGGCAUAUUCUACUGGUUCGACCCCACGCUUCGGGCCUUUCACAUAGACAUGGAUAAGGAGUAUGGUGCCAACUGUUCCGAUAUUUCCUUCGAACGGAUUUGGUCGCAUGUAGAUGUGUUUGCCUGGGGUCACUUUCUAGGAUGGACAUUCAAGGCGGUACUCAUUCGACAUAUGGGUAUUUUAUGGGCAAUCUCUGUUAUGUGGGAAAUUACUGAGAUUACGUUCGCUCAUCUUCUUCCAAACUUUGCCGAGUGCUGGUGGGAUGCGCUGAUUUUGGACGUACUAAUCUGCAACGGAUUAGGAAUCUGGUGCGGCUUGAAGAUUUGCAAACUACUCGAAAUGAGAGAGUACAAAUGGGCAAGCAUACGGGAUAUUUCUUCCACGAAAGGUAAAUUAAAAAGAGCUGUGUUACAAUUUACACCAGAAAGUUGGGCUCCAGUUCGGUGGCUUGAUCCCAAGUGUACGUACAUGCGAUUUUUUGCCGUUAGUCAGCUAGUGCUUCUUUGGCAGUUGACUGAACUGAAUACGUUCUUCCUGAAGCACAUUUUUGAGAUGCCUCCAUCGCACCCUGUUGUUAUUGGGCGGUUGGUGUUUGUCGGCUUAUUCACAGCACCUUCCGUUCGACAAUACUAUAUUUACGUCACUGAUACAAGGUGCAAACGAUUAGGAACGCAGUGCUGGGUUCACAUUGCUAUCCUGGUGUCGGAGGCAAUUUUAUGUAUUAAGAACGGCACAGAGCUAUUCGAACGAACGCAAGUCAAGAAUAUCGUGUUUUGGCUGUUUAUACAAGCUGGUAUCUCAGUGUUAUUCGUCUAUGGCUGCAUGCUGUGGUACAAAUAUAUUGGCGAAGACGAAUCCCAAAGCUCGUCUCCGAUAAAGCAACACACCAGAGAGUUCAAAGACUCAGCUGUCAUGUCAGGCGAUUCGAAAGGACCCGAGUAUUACGUGCAUCCUGUAUUUGUCGCACACGCACAUGGAAAAUCAUCAGCAAAAAGCUCGCCUAAAUCAACUCCUACCAAAAAUGCUAGAUCUCACCAAAAUAACUUUAAACAGGAUUAGUUUAAAUUAAGGCUUGCAGACAAAGCGGUUUUUUGGUAUUAGCGUGAGCGAGGGAAAUAGGAGGUUGUGAGGCUGGCCUGAGUUGUGCUAAACUGUUUCCUAAUUUUCGUUUUGACUAGACGAUUAUCGAUUUCUAAAUAAUUCGUAGACAAUGGCGGCCACGAAACAUUUUAUAAUGAUGGAAAAUGUUCCUCCGUAAAAUUGACUGUUUUAUCUACAAAAGUAAAUACAACAGUGAAAGUACGUUGAAAAAUCAACACGUUUCGCCCAGAUUUCAAUUGAACGAAUGAAGUUUUUCGGGCGUAUGUUACCUUUCAACGCUCUGUUAUUCUACCUUUCAGUUAGUUUCUUAAUAAUAAAAACAAUAUAUAUUAGUCAGUUAAGUUUAAGCAGUUUCGCAUCGUUUUUGUUUUGGUUUCAAUCAUAUUUUCAACUCAGCUAUACUAUACUAUAGGUAGGCAAAACACACGAAACACGGUUGAACGUAAGUCAUGAUUGUUGAAAUUAGUAGCACCUUCGGACAGGAAGAGAGUUGUUUGCCUAGACAUAGGGAAUAAAUUUUACCGCUUGUACAUGGUGCUAACCACUCCAAAACUUGAUAGGUUCGAAAUAUUUUUGGUUUUAGUUUCAAAUAGUUAACACGUGUCUCUAGUCCCGCCAUACAUUUGCUCAGACUUUUUCGUUUUUGUGAUAAGAUCAUCUGCAUCCUGCUUAUCCUAUUCCAAACAUCAAAUUUAAUCAAUCCAUAGGAUUGAUAUUAAACUGAUUGGUAAUAGAUCGAGCGUAUGAUGUUCAUACAUAAUAUAUAAGUUUAUUGCAUGCCCGCUAAGGUGAUGUUAGUUGUAAAAUUGCUCCCCAUGCAAUUCUCUAGUUUCACAUCACAACCCUCUAAAUAAUUUACCUUAUAAAAACGUAAAAAAUUAAUUAUGAACGAUAGUGUUGCGAUAAUAAGCAACAUUAAACUAAAUGAUAUGGGGGUUUCAAAGUCGACAGUCAAUAAGUUUCAUUAGGACAGAUCAAAUCAAAUAAGUAGUUCUCCUAGAACAAUUCCUUAACAAACAAUAAAAUCACUUUGAUUUGUUAAAUACUUGGUGUGUUUUUUAUCCUAUCGAAACAAUUAGGUAAAAUUCUGUAAGCAUGCUGAAAGCAAAUUCGCAUGAUAAUGUUAAGUUACGUUGGUUUAGUAUAAUUUGAAGGCUUAUGUUAGCCGUUCAUAGUGGUCUUGGGGCGAAGCCAUUCGAUAUUUUAGGAUUAGAGACACAGUUGUCAAUUCUUUUGUUUUUUUCUAGCAGGCGCUAGUAAGUAAGAUUGAAAUAAAAGACAAAUAAGGUAAGAACAAUUAAGAAAUAAAUGUUCUAGUUUCUACAUAGAAUUUGUGCUCGAAUUAUUUUACAUAUUUACCAUGUUGCAUAUUACAGUGAUGGAACUUUCAUUUGACAUUAAAGUUAGAUUCAAUAUAUAUCUUAUAUCUUAUACAUGAGAAAGCAACCAUCGUCUUGCGUAUAAAUUUUGCUUGUUCAGUAACAGAUCCAUAAGAAAAUGUAAGUUCAAGAAAUAUUGCACUUUCAAGCGAAAUUAUUUUCGCGACGGUUUCA